AUAAAUGUCGUAAGAUGCGGCGGCAAACAAAAUGUAAUAUCAAUAAAUUUUAAUUCUUUUAAAGAAAUUUAAAGAAUUAGAGGCACAUCGUGAUCGUAAAAUAACGAAAUGUUGAUAGCGGUGUGUCAAUGAGACAGAUUGAUCUAAACUUUGCCCUCUGUACCGGUGUGGCAUUUUAUUAGUAGGCAUCAAUCGCAACAAUCGAGACGGUCGGUGAAGGAGAUAAGACUUUGUUCCUGCUGGCCUGGUUUUACAUUUGCAAGCAAUCCCAGACAAUUCUGCGACAGCGUCGUUCGCUAUUUUCGCAUCGCGCUGUUCCUAUUGUAAUCGAUGCGGUGAAAUACUUUGAAAAUUAAGCGCGAGACGCAAGCUUCGUCAUAUUUUUAUGUCGGAUAAUUUUUAAACGGCAAAUUUUGUAACGAAAUUAAUUUUGUUCCGAGAUAAAGCCAUGUCGAAUGUUUCAUUAUAUUUCAUUUUUUUUUUAACGACAUAUUUUAUCACGAAAUAUUUUCCCCAAUAGAUUCCUAAAUAAAAUGCUUUAAUUAAGGUGGAAUGCAUCUCGCGUUGCAGCGCGCACGUCGUAACGAGUUCAACGAUCCCUUACUCAAGGUCAAUCGUAUUCAAGGGCACGCACUUGAAAUCAAAAUGGUACAUUCUGCACGUUUAUCACCGGGGGAUGAAUGGCGACACGCGAAGUCUACUUUUAACACGUUUCGUUUCCGAUAGCAGCGGAACGUUACGUCUCGCGCGUAACUAUUUUCGAUAAAUUCCUCGACGAGAUGUGGUUCUCGAGUUUAUUUUCGGCGACGAUGAAUUAAUUAUCCGAUACGAAUGCGCGAUGCACGGUUACAUUUGCCCUUAUCUCUGCCUUUUUCCAAUACAACUUCUACCUCGCUACCGUUCAAUUUGCCAGGCCAACUUUCCGCCCACACGAAGAAACGACAAGACGACUGAUAGCUCGCGCCGUCAAAAUAAACUAAAAUAUAUAGAUAUACGAAUAAGAAUGCACAUAUGAAUAGAUGCUGUACUAUGCGUCGAAGCGAUAGAGCCUCGCAGUAACGACGACUGUGACGUGAGAGAGGCGCAGGAUUUCCAGCGAAGUUUGCCUGUUGUCCAGCCGUCCUAAAGGGACAACUGGAACGCCGUGAGAGGGUGGGAGUCUCUAUAUUAAAUCAUGGCGAGACUUCUGCUGGAAGCCAGUCGUUCGCGGAGCGUUGGAAUACACAUGAAGGAUCUGCCCGCCGGCUGCCGCAAGGACCAUCAAAUACAUUUCCGCGCGCCACCUCCGUCAGACUCCGUCACGUUUAUUUAAAUUGUCCGCGUUGAAUCGUGUCGAUUUGUCAAUCUCAUCGUACAAUCAAUCGUGUUGACAAAGGCUGGGUAAAACGGCUCGACGUAACUCUGUGGUCAAAUUUUGUUGCGAACAUUUGGAUUAAUUCGCGUUGUUUUUUUUUUUUUCGCCGAAGGAAGAAACCGUUCGGCGAGAGCUCGAAGAGCGAUCCGAUUGUAAUCAUUGGCCGAGAAGACGCUGGAACAGACUGGAGAGAACUGGGAGAAAGUUUCGGAAAAAAUCCAGAGUCGAUACCUUCCUGGGCAUCUCGCCGGAAAAAAAAGGAGCCGGUUUCGAGAGAAUGAAGCUGACCGCGUUGAAAUUGGUGUCGUGCCUGUUUACAACGCUACUCCUCGCGGCGAUCGCCCUCGGAUAUCCCGCCAGCAACAGCGAAGCAGCGAUCGAGAACAUGAGGCAGAUUCCGCAAUGGCAUUGUCUCCGUUAUAGAAAGUUCGAUUUCGUUCGUCGCUGUCGGAAUUAUCGCUUAGGAAGAAGACACUGACAAAUGGACAUUCAAUACGAUCCACGAACGGCAAUGAUACUUUACGGCAAAUUCCGUCGUCCGAUCGUGCAGAACAUACCGUUUCAACCCGUUCAAAUAAAUAAGUUUAAGUUUAUUUAAAUUCUAUAGUUUCAAUUAAAUUAUAUAGAGACAUCCACAUUUAAAAGCAUUUAUUUUAGAAAGCAAAAAUAAUUUAGAAUGUUAUUCUGUUGAAGAAAUUAAGCGCGACUGACAAUCAUGAUAAGAGAAAUAUCAUACUCAAUAUUUUUUUUUUCAUUAAUAAAUCUUCGUCUUUGUAUCCAUAUAUAUAUAAAGUUUUCAACACGGAGAAUUCUAUUCUCGUGUUGAAAACUUUAUAUAUAGAUCUAUUAAAUCUAAAUUUUACACAAGAUUUACAAAAU